CAUUCACGCGAUCGCUGAAAUGUUUUGUUCUACUGCAAGAUUCUAUAGCGUUGUCUCUCUAGCUGUUAUGGGACGCCUGCAUUAGAUGCGACACAAAGACUCUUGCUUGCCUGCCUGCUGGCUGAUUGUGCAAACGUGCUUGCUGAACCGACGCAGUCAAGGUGUCGUCUUUGUCUCCUGCUGUCGUCGCCAUCGGUGAUUAAGCUUUGUUCGGCAAAAGUCGCACAAAACGAGCGUCGAAAUUUCUCGUUUCCACAAAGAAGACACGAAGUCUACAUAAAAAGUAGAGUCAAUCUUGCGUGCAUCUGUAAAUUCUAAGUACACCACUUUGACCACUAUAGAAUGGAAGACAGCUUCGAACAAUCCUUCAAUUUGCAACUAGAGACGUGUACGCCCCCACAAAAGGAUGAAGUCAACACCAGGUCCCGCCAUACCUCUCUAUGUGAAGAGGAUUCUAUUUCGCAUGUUUCUGCGUCGCAGAAUUUUUACUCCGCUAACGAUCAUCUUCACAGAGGGCUACCUGGUGACGCCAUCUGGAAGGUGUCAACUUGCGACGAUUUUUUCCAAAGCGUGAGGCUGGCAGCCAACAGGUCGGUUCCGCGGCCUCACUGGAUACCCUAUCCUGUUAACAUCGCUGCCGCGAGCGAAUUUAGGUGGUCAAACGGAAAACUUGAACUCGUGGCCAAGUUUAUUCGAGACCGAGGUGCUCAGCACGACGUUCUCGAAACCGAACUACGGCAGUUCCGCACAUUCAUUACUGGGAGACCGCCUAAUCGACUUCAGGCUGUCCAAUGUGGCCUUGUUCCAGUGGUCAUGACUUGCAUCAAAACGGCGCCAUCUCAUUUGCUUACGCUGGUCGUACAGACUCUGCGCGAGUUGACGAUCAACCUCAGUGACUAUCCCGCCGGGAUCGACGACGCUGCCCUUUGGCGUUUAUGCACACUACUUACUCAGCAGAAUCCGGUUUAUGUCGAAAACGCAUUAGCCGUUUUAGAUGAAUUGACGCAAUUCGAUCAGGGUCAGUGUGCGGCGUAUCGUAGUAACGUCACAGUAACUCUCGGGGAAAUCAUCUCGAAACCUCAACCGGCGGAGGUUGUAAUUCCAGCACUGAAAGUGCUCACGAAUAUCGCCAACAACCCAGUGUUCGCCGGAAUUAUACUAAGUGCUGAUGUGCUCAGCUCGUUCAGAAGAACCAUUCUACACCAGUUUCUUAGCUACUUUCAGCAACAGAAAAUGUCAACGAUGGACAGCCGACCGUUGAACUUGAUGUGGAAGAUUGCGUUAAGCGACAACGUCGUUGACCGCACGCUGCUUCUGUUGCCACAGCUUGUUCGGGAAUGUCCAGUAUUUUGUUUAACGGUUUUGUCAAAAUGGAGCCAGGUAAUGACGCAGUGGUCAAAGCUAAUCGAGGUAUGCGUACUAGAUAAGCAGGUCUUCGAAAAAGUUCGGCUGGAUUUCAUCGAAACUUCAUAUAUAAUUCUUCGUUACGGCGAAAAUGCAUGUGUGAUCUCGCUAGUUAAGCUGCUCCAUAAAAUUAGCAUUCAUAUUUCUCCAGAAUAUAAACAUUUGAUAAUUGAGGCAAGCAUUAUUGACGCAAUUAUUCAGCGAUUUCCCGUUAAACAGCUUUGGGCGCGUUUCGUUGAAGAAGUUCAAAGUGUGAGAUCUCCUUUUGGUAUUUUAACCAAUGGCAGGAGCAAUAUUGCAACGGACGUUUUGACUCUGAUCACUGAUUUGCUAGAAGCUUUACCGAGAUACCGAGACAAGGCAAUGCACAAAAACAAUAUCGUUGAAACUCUACUUAAAAGCGACAUUCUCUCCUUAGCCGCCUAUAAAACCCACGUGCAAUCCACCGACGCCAUGUUGCUAAGACUAACAGCGGUCAUUGACAAGCUUACUCCUGGAUGGUGCUUCCGUGAACGGCAGAUUAUACAAGCAGUAAAACCUGCGAGGGCCGACUUAGCCGUGCAGCCGAAAAACUGGUCGAGUUCGUCGGUCUGUGCAACUUGCCAAAAUCGUCAAGGCCUCAGUCAUAUGAUUCCGUAGGAUAUAUUAUAUCUAUGCUAAUUUAGAGACAAAAAACCAGAGGUAGUUUACCUUCGCCAAUCGAAGCCGCACGCAUGCCGACGAAGUUCAGGACGAAAGAUACGGUCCUCUGUACAUUAUUCUUGUAAGUUUCCAGAGGCGUUCUCUUUCAGUAUUGUAUAAACUUGUUUAGAAUUAGGAAUCCGACUGAUUGUUUUAGCCAAACAUUGUUAAACAACAUUACGAUCUGAUUAUUUAUAUAAGGAAGGCGCGUCUAGGGUACUAUGGCUCGAUGUUUUUGCGCUAUUGCGAAUCUCAUUACGUGUCAUUUUCUUGCCACCUGCUAUAAUCUUUUAUUAAAACCUUAUGACGGAGAAAAUUAUGUCUAGUUAUGUCGUCAUGUAAAGCCAAAAACUUGUUCAAUCCGACUACAGUACAGACGGGUGCUGCGGGGCUGCAGAUGCCUUCAAAGUUUCAAUAUUUAUUGCUUAACCUUAAAAUCAGGCCGCGCCUUCGAUUGAUCGAAGUUAGCAGUAACCCAACGCCUUGCCCAGAUAUGCCGUUCGUAUCCGACACAAAUGAUCUGACCAACUUCUUGGUCCAUAGCUGCGUCCAAACAGCGUAUGUUUUAGUCAUGUAUCGUUCUUACUUCUUCUAUAUUGGAUCCAACCGGCAGAUCAUCUAACAACCGCCUGCAAUAUCACCAGAGUAUCGUCAUUAAACCAAAUUCGUCACAGUCCGCUUGGUAAUUUACCAAGCGAAAAUGCAUACCUUGGUUCAAGUUGUGCAGACCAAAUUCAAAUAACCGAUGUGUAUAGGAAAAACAGACGUAAUCUUAACUUAAUCCGAAAACCUGUUUGCUCUAUUACUGUUGUCGCUUAUCAGGUUUGUUUUUCCGUCCUUUUGACACGCAUACUCAGUGGUUAUUGAAUUGAUGACAUUCUGAAAUAAAGCCCUGUAAUCCAUAUAUGGCUAGUAUUUAUGUAAAGAAUAUAUUAGUCUAUCGAUUUAGAAUUUGCAUUAUUUUGUAUCGAGCAACCAUGGCUUGACUAGUACCUUGUACAAAAUUAUAAUAAUUAAAUUAUAAGGGAGAAUUUCACGUUUUAUGUACUUGCGAUGUUGUUGUACACGCUAAUUUUACCGUCAGUACCAAGCACAUGAUACCUUAUACAAAGGAAUAAUUCGAUUACAUCACAAUUAGGUGGACAUCACGUUUGUCAUCUGAAAAAUAGAACAAAAAUAUCAUAGGUGAAUGACCUGCACAAUAGGAAAUGCUAUACUUGAAAUAAAUUGUUAGUGAACGU